AUGCCGGAGGGAACGAGACCAUUAAUCGUUGGACCAGAGCCGAUAGCAGCGCCAUUUCCGCUUAAAAUGCAGGGUUUAGUACAAAAAGGUUUCGGAAGAGGUAGCAAAGAACUCGGUAUUCCGACAGCCAACUUACCUGAAGAAAGUUAUUGCGAGAGCUUCAAAUUAUUAGACGCAGCAUCCAAUACCGGAGUCUAUUACGGCUGGGCUAAAGUAGACGGUGUAGAUAACGACGAAGUUCACCCUAUGGCGAUGUCUGUAGGAUGGAAUCCUUACUACAAGAACGAGAAAUUAACAGCAGAAGUUCACAUUAUGCAUCCUUACAACCAAGAUUUCUAUGGUAAAAACAUGAGGGUGAUAGUAACUGGCUACGUCAGACCUGAAUUCGACUACUCGACCUUAGAAGCUCUCAUAGAGGAUAUAGAGUUUGAUAAAAAGGUAGCAAUACAUUCAUUAGACAGAGAUUCAUACAAGGAACUUAAACAAGAUGCCUUCUUCAAAUAA